AUGUUGCUUUCAGCUUCUAUGAACUCCAUCUCGUCCAUUCCCUCUUCAGUGUACCAAUGCAAGAAAGCCUUCCUGCGGAACAUAGCUGUGAAUUGCUCACUGACCCGCCUGAACAUUUAUUGGAUUGAAAUAGAGUUUCCAAUAAAGGUUGAAGCCAUCUUCAGACCCGUCGGCGGGAUGUCACAAACAGUGGACUUAACAUUGUUUGGGAUCCACUCAACAAAGUAUGAUGAGUUCUUGUUCUGUACAUUAAUCAUUUGCUCAUCGACCUCCUUCGUGCUCAUUUUGCCACAAAACAUGGUUGAUGCUGUGAGGUAG